AUGCAGCGCUCGCUAUCCAGGAUCCAAGGCCUCCAUCAUAGCCCCUACCAGCCCAUCGACGACGACAACGAGAAGACACUGUGUGAGCCAGUGACAUGUGGGGAACUCCCCAUCAAGUACCCGUUCUGGCUUGGCGGCCCGAGUGAUUCAUCGAAUUCCUCCUGCGGCCACCCGGCCUUCGAGUUACGGUGCACCGGCAAUAGCACCUCGGCUUCGUUGAGGGGCUCUGGCAUCCGCGUCCACGACAUCGACUACGGCACCAGGUCCUUCCUCGUGUCCCACGACAGAGUGACCCACGGCACCAACGCCGUGUGCUGCAUCGACUUCAACAUGUCGACCAUCCUACCUCUUGCCCCGUUUGAGAUCAGCCACACCAACCGGGCCCUGUGCUUCCUCUACGGCUGCAACGAGACAGAGCCGCGUGGGCGCGACUAUGUGAACGCCACCGGCGUGCCCAGCUGCGCUUGGCCCAUCUCCGUAUACCUCGGCGGGAGCUACGACCGGAACAUGCCACCCGCAAUACCCACCGGAAACUGCAUGUACACUUACCACCCGGUGCUUGGAUCGGAGGCGGCUAUCUUGACGGCGGCAAACUAUAGUCGACUCCUGAAGAGCGGGUUCGUCCUGGAUUGGACAGGCACCGGCGCUGGGGACUGCUCUUCCUGCAGUGCGAGUGGCAGGCAGUGUCGAUAUAAUAACGAGUCUGCCGCCUUCGCGUGCCUCUGCUCUGUUGGCAAAAUGCACGAGUCGACAUGCGCUGGUUUGACAUCAGCUGCUGCAACCUUGCUCUUUACAUGUCUUUAUGUGCUGAUAUGGCAUAGAAAGGGGAAAAGACUAAGGUUCAUUUGCAAGAAAACUAGCAGUAACACUGAAAAGAAUUAUGAGGUCAUGAUAGUAUCCCAUGGACCCCUAGCUCCAACAAGAUACAAGUACUCAGAGGUAAUGAAGAUAACAUCUUCUCGCAACAAUCAGCUAGGAGAAGGUGGUUAUGGUGUGGUUUUUAAAGGAAGACUGCAUGAUGGCCGCCUGGUUGCUGUGAAAUUCUUGCAUGACUGCAAAGAAAAUGGGGACGAGUUUGUGAAUGAGGUUAUGAGCAUUGGAAGUACCUCUCGUGUUAAUGUUGUUAGCUUAUUUGGGUUUUGUUUUGAGGGGUCAAAGCGAGCUCUUAUAUAUGAGUACAUGCCCAAUGGUUCCUUGGAUAAGUACAUUUAUUCAGAGCACCCCAAAGAAAUUUUAGGAUGGGAGAGGCUUUAUGGGAUAGCUAUAGGGAUUGCUCGUGGCCUCGAAUACUUGCACCAUAGCUGUAAUACACGUAUCAUCCAUUUCGAUAUCAAGCCCCAAAAUAUCCUUCUAGACAAAGAUUUUAGCCCAAAGAUUGCUGAUUUUGGUCUAGCUAAAUUGUGUCAUACAAAGGAGAGCAAGCUUUCAAUGACGGGAGCUAGAGGAACAAUUGGAUUCAUUGCCCCAGAAGUUUACUCUCGAACCUUUGGGGUGGUUUCAACUAAGUCAGAUGUUUAUAGUUAUGGGAUGAUGCUGCUAGAGAUGGUUGGAGGUAGGAGAAAUGUAAAAUCAACUGUUACAAAUUCUAGUGAAAAAUAUUUUCCAGAUUGGAUUUACGGCCACUUUGAUCAAGAAGUUGGAUUACAAGCAUGUAAAGUCAUGACCGGAAUUGAGGAAAUCGCGAAAAAGAUGAUCUUAAUCGGCUUGUGGUGCAUACAAGUAUUACCUGUGCAUCGCCCUACUAUAAUAAAUGUUCUAGAAAUGUUUGAGAGAAGCUUAGAUGAUCUGGACAUGCCGCCAAAGCAGAAUUUCUGUGAAUUACUGUAA